AUGCACGAUUAAAAGUUACAGUGAAACGAGACGACAAUCAUGAACUAAUUCCUCCAUAUCUAUAGAAAGUUCUGUCAAUAAUCUAAAAUCUGUGAACGUCAGUUUUUGGCUGUUUUUAUGGUGAGCGUAAAAAAAUGAUUAAAAACAAUGAGCGUUUGUGCGACUUAAUGCGACGCUGCGCAGACCAAGCUGCGUAUGACAUCAAAGUAUCGCGAGAAUGCUUUGAAAGCAAAACUCUCGCGGUACUUCGAUGUCACAUGCUUACCGUUCGGCGCUGUCCAUGAAAUCAAGCACAGCCAUUGGCCGUUUCUCAAUCCGAAGGCUGCAACCUCCGGAGGUCGAAUUUCCAGUCUGCAUACGUCAUCAAGACAGCCUUAUUUCAGGAUAUUAACAAUUAUAACAUUGAAUAUUAUUUUUAGUUAAUCGUAAAUUGUGGUAAUAUGAUUAUGACUUUCGAAUGUAAUUCUUAAGUUAAUUAAAUAAACCAGACUUGAUGGCGUAUGCAGCCUGCAUAUGCGACCUCAGCAGGCUGCACUCUCGGAUUGAGAUACGGCCAUUGAAUGUCAGGCGCUCGAGCAUGCACUUGACGUACAUGACGUCGGAGUGAGCAACAUGUUUCACAGCGACAUGGAUGCGCGUGUCGCGUCGCUGCAAAGAAAUGUUGACUUUUUGCGAGAGCAGCACAGUGAAACUCUGAGGAAGUUACAUGAUGAAAUAGAGUCUUUAAAACGGGAAAAUAAAGAGCUGCAGUUUAGGCUGAUCAUGGAGCCUUCAAAGUCGAGCAGGUCCAGACGAAAAAUCCAGAGGCAUCAAACAGAGAACCACACAUUUCAAACAGACAGAGGAAACUAUCUGGAGCAGACCCUGGAGGAGAACCUUUUUCCACAAGGCCCAUACCUCAGCCAUCAUAAUAAAAGUAGAGAAGCCAGAUCAACUUCCUCGGCUGCCCCCACACCAGACAAGAUAGAAGGUCCUUCAGAAGCUAAAGCAGGGUUCAUCACUUCUCUGCAGCCCUUAAUGAUCCAGUGUAGCCAAUCGGAACCCCCUCGACCUCCCACCGUAACGGAGUGUGAGGUCAUCAUACGACAGCUGUAUAAUGCUAACAGUCUGCAGUCUCAGGAGGUCUUGCGUGUGAAAGCUCUUCUCAAAGACAUUGUUUUCAACAAGAAAAUCACAGCAGACAAUUACAUUUUGACCAAGGCUUAUCUUGCAGACGGUAAAAGAACUGACAAGUCAGAUACAUUUCCCAAGCUUUCUCUCCAAACACUGCCUAGAGGACUUAUAAACAGGCCUGCAUCUCAAGCUAGCAAAGCAGAGAAAGUGAUCCUCCCUGCCCUCACACGCAGCUUGAGCAACAACAUAGCAGAAAGACACAGGAGGACUCAGGCCGUGCAAAGACGUCGGUUACAAAGGACUAUGCACUAAACUAAGAAACCAGGCUGCAGUAGUAUUGUACAGAGUGUAUUUAAUUUAUCAAGCAAUACACAAACU